CCAUGCAUCCAUGCAUCCAUUGAAGGUACUGAUCCUCACUGGGGUCGCAGGGCUAUGCUGGAGCUGUUACGUCAUAUUUAAAUGACAUGCAAAUUAGCGUAUGGCGUCACAGCGACUCCUAUGACAGCCAAUGGCCACUUUUCUUACUGAAGGGUUGGCAACAAUGAAUCAGACUUCUCAGCAUCAAAUCGUCGACUGUUCCAAGACACCUAAAGAAUAAAAAUUAAACUGUCUCGGGAUAGGGUGGACAUUUGGACGAUGUUACGUGCCAAGUCGUCAACAUUAUUGCAAUUCGAUAUCCUAUAUGCUAAUUUGCCAAUGCUAAUUUGUUUAGAGUUUUGUUACUGUGUCCUGAAAUGCUAAUAUUUUUGGAAAAAGUGCAGGGGAUACACGUUCAUAGCACUAACUGCGAUAUUUAGCACCCGGAAGCCACCCACCCGCAACCUCCGCGUGUCUUUUUUUUUUUCCAGUCCAUGUUUCUGGUCAUCAGAGCCACAGAGAACCACAGAGCACCUUUCUACGUCACAAAGAGGGAGGACGAAGCAGACAGUUCUUGCUACCAGCCGGCUACUCUUCAUCAUUCCUGUCAGGCAGACUUCCGCGAGAGAUCUUCCACGUCCGAGACCGCCGUGUAAAUCCACCCUGCCCGCCGUGGAAUGAGUUUUAUGAAGUGGAGACGGAGUGUGAAAGGAAAAGACGGCAAAAACGAUGUCAUGCAGGCACAAGAUGUCCCUGAUGGUGCAUACUCUCAGAGUGGGUUAUCCGUCAUAAAUACACCAGAAUUGGAUCCCAUCUUCAGUAACUUCAGGUUGCACUUACCAGACAAUGAAGAUGCUCGGCAAGAGACCAACCCUUCCAACGGGUGCUUGAAGUCGGACCUGUCACUGGCUUUGGAGGACUGCAUGGCCGCCCUGGAUCUGUUCCUCCGAAAUGACUUUGAGGAGGCGCUGGCUCGCCUCAGGCCCCGAACCAAAGACAGCAUGUACCAUGCCCUGACCCACGCCACCAUCCUAGAAAUGCAGGCAAUGAUGACCUUUGAACCCCAACACAUCCUGGAGGCAGGGGACACCAUGAAGGAGGCCCAAGCUAUUUGUCAAAGGCACCGCAAGAAGUCCAGCUUCUCCAAGAACUUCACAGAAGAUGAGCUCCAUGCUGAAGUCUGUUAUGCUGAGUGCCUCCUGCAAAGGGCAGCACUCACCUUCCUGCAGGAUGAAAACAUGAUCAGUUUCAUCAAAGGAGGAAUCAAAGUGAGGAAUAGCUACCAGACGUACAAAGAGCUUCACAGAGUCCUCCAGUCCACUGGGUAUAGUCAUGGCAACAACCAUGGUCAUUUUGAGGGUGGAGUCAAAUUGGGAGUUGGAGCCUUUAAUCUAAUGAUCUCCAUGUUGCCUACACGGAUGCUUAAGCUUUUGGAGUUUGUGGGCUUUUCUGGUAAUAAGGAGUUUGGCCUCCAGCAGCUUCAGGAGGGCUCUGCAGAAAGCACAUUCAGGUCCUUCUUAUGUAACAUGCUGUUGCUUUGUUAUCACACCUUCAUGAGCUUUAUACUAGGCACCGGAGAAGGAGACGUAGAAGAUGCAGAAAAACUGCUGCAGCCAUUUCUGGAGAAAUACCCUAAGGGAUCCAUUUUUUUGUUCUUCGCUGGUCGAAUCGAAGAGAUAAAAGGCAAUCUGGAUGCUGCUAUCAAGCGUUUUGAAGAGUGCUGCGAGGCUCAGCAGCAGUGGAAGCAGUUCCAUCAUAUGUGCUACUGGGAGCUGAUGUGGUGCUUCACAUAUCAGAGGCACUGGAAGAUGGCCUACUUCUACGCUGACUUGCUCAGCAAGGAGAACUCCUGGUCCAAGGCCACCUAUGCGUAUAUGAAAGCAGCUUACCUCAGCAUGCUGACGGAGGAUGAUUGUUUAACCUUCGGGGAGACUGCACUCACUCUCUUCAGGCAGGUGCAUGGGCUGAAGCAGAAAAUUGCAGGCAAGUCUUUACCAACAGAGAAGUUUGCCAUCAGGAAGGCACGCCGCUACCUAGCCGAAACCCCCAUUCCUCUUCCUGUUCCUCCACUUGAGAUGAUGUACAUUUGGAACGGCUAUACGAUCAUUGGCAAACACAAAGAUCUGACUGAAAACAUGCUGAAGACGCUGGAUGAGGCACAUGCAAAACUUGACAACAUGGAAAGGACUGAGUUUUCCAUUGAUGACCAGUGUCUGCUGAGCCUCCUGAAGGGACUUUGUCUCAAACACCUGGGACACCACGAGGAGGCUGAACACUACUUUACUCUCGUACUCUGCAAUGAGACACAGAUCAAAUAUGAUCACUACCUGGUUCCUAAUGCAAUGUUGGAACAUAGCUUGUUGUGCCUUGAGCAAGGGCGAAACGAUGAAGCUGUAAAACUACUUGAAGCAGCAAAGCAAAAUUACAAAAACUACUCCAUGGAAUCUCGGACUCACUUCCGCAUUCAAGCCGCCUUACGCAAAGCCAGGGGAGCGAGACAAAAUGGUGUCCAUGUGCCCUCAAGCCCAUAACAGACAGAGGAGGGCGCACCAGAGCUGAGAUAGCUUCCUGCAUUGGCACUCCCACAAUGCACUGCUCGGCUUUACCCAGCCCUGUUCGAAGUUUGGAAAUGGUCUCUUCUUCAGGAGAGUAGGUGGGAAGAGGAAUGCUUGGUAUUUAUUUAUUUUGAUUGUAUGUUCAUUUGUCUCUGCCGCUGAUGCCGUGCUCUUGUGGCACUAAUGGCGGUCAUCAGGCAUGAUGUGUCAUCUUCUUCCAAACAUGCAUUCACUUCCCCAGUUAAUUAGAAAAAGAGGCAAGUCAAGACAUGUGCCUCAAAUCAUAGGACAAUGUCACUACUGGUGCUUACACUGCAGUCACUCAUAAAGGUGUGGAGAGGAAGUAGCAAAGAUGGCCUCCGUUGCUAAAAAGUGUGGUCUUAAAUCAGAGGCUAUACAUAAAAUACAUGGUGAGACUGUGUAUGAGCUAACUUAUCCUUUAGCUUUUACCUUUUGAACCAUCAGUAUGUUGGAUUAGUGUUCAUUGUAUUUAACACAUGUUGCUUUCAAAUGUCUUUCCUCUGCUCAAAUGUAUUGAAAAUAUGCACAGAUGCAUUUCAUUGUGUCACCAUUUGACAGUCUCGCAUGGCUUUUGACGUGCAAACUUAUGCAAACUCUCUGGAGUCCAGAGUGUGAAUUGUUCUUUACAAUUAUAUACUGUAAAAUGGCACCUUUGACUCAAAUUCUCCUGUUUUAAGAGGACAGAUGAAGGUGUCUUUUAAAAAGGCAGCCUUCCUCCUUCUCGUCUGCUACUCUUGUGGGACAGACUCCAGCAGCACUUGAGAGCCUUGAACAAACAAGCCAUUCACUCUGAGCAGUGAGGGGACCAUGUGUUUGUUCGCCUGUUGCAUCUUUGGUGAGGGGAGACUCUCUAAAAAAACAUGACAUUGAACCUGCUACUCUUGUAUCAGCCAUGCUUGAUUCACAACCUUUUGUAAGAGGGGCUUCAAUGUCAUGAUUAGCAUUCCCAUUAAACUGAAUAAAUACUGCAGAGUGAGUCAAACUACAGGAGAGACAGACCAUGAUAAUAAUGAUUGGAUUACUUGAAGGGAGAAACUGCUCAUUUAUUCAUGAGUCGAGCCAGGUUUGGUGUCCAUGCCGGUUUUCCUUAUUAGCGUAACACCUUUUUCUUUUUUUUUAAUAGUCCCAUAACUUGUGUUUUAUUGUCUUCAUACUGUGUACUUGCUCAAGGUUCUACUUUGACAUUUUAAAAUGAAACUGUGUGGAAUUGUGAUGUUUGCAAUUAACAAAAUGUAAUGGACGAGGCUACCACUGAGAUUAGUUACAUUCAUGUAUAUACUGAUUGUUUUAUUGUAAUUUAAGAUGGAAUUAUGAGAACAGCCUCAUAAAAAAGAUGUGUUGUUGUCUUCUUGCCAUAAGCAAAUUGUGUGUACUACAAAGCAUGUUACUUACAGAGAGACAGAGGCACUAUAAGAGAAAAAUAAAGAGAAACAACUUUUCGGUUAUGUUAAACAGUGCUGUCUCCCUCUCCAAACUAUACCUUUUACAACCAAAAAAAUGAAAGAACAAUUGUGGUUGACUGAACAAAUAAAUACCAAUA